AUGAGUGAUACAACGACACCCACUGUUCCAUCAGUAUCAGCAUCGACUCGAAACAUGGUGGCAGGCCCUAACAACCAUUUUGGAAAAUAUGUCAAACUUAAUGUGGGAAAUCAUCUUUUUCUAACAAGUUUUGAUACUUUAACUAAGGAAGAUACAAUGUUUAAGGCAAUGUUUAGUGGACGUAUGGAAGUUGUACAGGAUAGUGAAGGUUGGGUAUUAAUCGAUCGUGAUGGUAAGCAUUUCAACGUAAUAUUAAAUUAUUUACGUGAUAGAACCAUCAAUUUACCUGAAUGCACUCAAGCAUUAAAUGAACUGUUACUUGAGGCAAAAUUUUAUUGUAUAGAAUCCCUUAUUGAACUUAUUGAACAACAAUUAAGAACACGUUCAAGAAAAAAUGCCGGUGAUACAGACUCUUGUUGUAAAGUUAUUAUGUUAACAUCUGCAAAAGAAUUACCAAAUAUUGUGGCUACAGUACGUAAACCAAUUGUUAAAUUAGCAAUUAAUCGACAUAAUAAUAAAUAUUCUUAUACUGCAUCAUCAGAUGAAAUGUUAAUGAAAAAUAUUGAAUUGUUUGAUAAAUUAAGUAUUCGUUUACACAAUAGAAUUUUAUUCAUAAAAGAUGUUACUGGUAGUGAAGAAAUAUGUUGUUGGAGUUUUUAUGGUAAUGGACAAAAAAUGGCUGAAGUGUGCUGUACAUCUAUUGUUUAUGCAACUGAACGAAAACAAAAUAAAGUUGAAUUUUUCGAAGCGAGAAUUUAUGAAGAAACAUUAAAUGUUCUAUUAUACGAGAAUCGAAAUGCACCUGUUGACGAAAUCAUUCGAGCAACUACACCUCGUUUUGCAUCAGCUGCAUUAACUGAUGAUGAUGUUGAUGAAGAUCGAAGUACGAAUACAAAUUCAGCAUCAGCAACAAAUCGACCACCACGAAAGCGUUAA